GCGAGUUUGAUGCAAUUUUUCUUUUUGCUUGGUCUGUCGUACACGUCCGCAACUGUUUCGUGUGCUUUGGUAAGCAUGUUGCCUGCAAUCACCUUCGCUUUGGCCCUUAUUUUCAGGAUUGAAAAACUAAAGGUUUUAAAGACCAAAGCAGGAAUGUUGAAGGUGAUUGGAACUUUAAUAUGUAUUAGUGGAGCUCUGUUCUUAACAUUUUACAAAGGGCCUCAAAUAUCAAAUUCUCACACUCACCGAGAGGCUCCCCACACAAACAACAACGCUCAAGAAGACAAUAAUUGGCUUCUUGGAUGUCUUUACUUAACCAUAGGAACCGUCUUGCUAUCUUUAUGGAUGCUAUUUCAAGGGAAUUUAAGCAUUAAGUACCCUUGCAAAUACUCAAGCACUUGUCUCAUGUCAAUAUUUGCGGCGUUUCAAUGUGCUCUCUUGAGCCUUUAUAAGAAGAGAGACGCUAAUGAUUGGAUCAUCGAUGAUAGAUUUGUGAUCAUGGUCAUUAUAUACGCUAACUUUAAAAAUUUGGGAGGAACAGGGGUUAUCUAUUACGGGUGUGGUCGGACAAGCAAUGUCGACGGUAGCAACAACAUGGGGAAUAAAGAAAUUGGAGCUGUUUUCGCAUCGGCAUUUUUCCCAAUUACUCUCAUUUCGGCCACUCUGUUUGAUUUCCUGAUUUUACACACUCCUUCAUACAUUGGAAGUGUGAUUGGAUCACUAGUGACAAUAACGGGUCUCUACAUGUUCUUGUGGGGUAAGAACAAAGAAACGGAAUCAUCGACAACACUGUCUUCCCGGAUGGAUGACGAAGCUAAAAAUAUCAAUAAUGAAAACGUCUCUAAGUCGCCCGUUUAA